AUGCCGGGCCCCCUGCCGGGCCCCCCCGGGCCGGGCCCCCCCGCUCCGGGCCCGGUGGAGACGCUGAGGUCCCCGCUGCUGCCCCCCGAGCCGGACGCCCCUUCCUGGGGACCCCCUUGCGACCGGCUCCCGGAGAGGAGGUACCAGGUGCUGCCCUCGCUCGUUUGCAUCGUCUGCUGCCUCUUCGGCGUCGUCUACUGCUUCUUCGGAACGAACGAAAGACUGCGGGAGGGCCGGACGGAGAGUCACCCCGGGCUCCUCUCGGCCCCGCGUGUCUUCCCCCAGGUGUACACGCGCUACGGGAAGUGCUACACCUUCAACGCCGGCCCUCACAGGCUGCGGCCCGGCCGGGCCGGAGGGAUGGGCAGCGGCCUGGAGAUCAUGCUGGACGUCCAACAGGAGGAGUAUCUCCCCAUCUGGAGAGAGACCAACGAGACGUCGUUCGAGGCCGGGAUCCGGGUGCAGAUUCACAGCCAGGAAGAGCCCCCCUACAUUCACCAGCUCGGCUUCGGGGUGUCCCCCGGCUUCCAGACCUUCGUGUCCUGCCAGGAGCAGCGGCUGACCUACCUCCCGCAGCCGUGGGGUAACUGCCGGACGGAGCCGGGGUCCGGGGAGCCGGGCCUGCAGGGUUACGCGGCCUACAGCGUCUCCGCCUGCCGGCUGCGUUGCGAGAAGGAGGCCGUGCUGCGGCGUUGUCACUGCCGCAUGGUUCACAUGCCAGGCAACGAGACCAUCUGCUCGCCCAACAUUUAUAUCGAGUGUGCCGAUCACACCACUCCCUCGGGGGGGAGCCCAGAGGGUCGCUGCACCUGUCCCACCCCCUGCAACCUGACCCGCUACGGGAAGGAGAUCUCCAUGGUUCGCAUCCCCAACCGAGGCUCCGCGCGCUACCUGGCCCGGAAAUACAACCGCAACGAGACCUACAUCAGGGAGAACUUCCUGGUCCUGGACGUAUUUUUCGAGGCGCUGACUUCGGAGGUGUUGGAGCAGAGAGCUGCCUACAGCUUGUCUGCUCUCCUGGGUGACAUUGGGGGGCAGAUGGGACUGUUCAUCGGGGCCAGCAUCCUCACGCUCCUGGAGAUCCUGGACUACAUCUACGAGGUGGCCUGGGCCCGGCUGAAGCGGCUGUGGUGGCGUCCCAAGCCCCCGCUGAGGACCCCCAGAGGGGGCAUCGCCACCUUGGGCCCGCAAGAGCCCGAGGAGCAGAGCCCGGGCCCAGGACGGGGUUGCCCCCCGGACAGGGGUGCCAGCGGCCUGCUCCCCAAUCACCACCACGGCCCCCCGGGGACCCUCUUCCAGGACUUCGCCUGCUAGGACGGCCCGGCCCGGCGCCGGGGGCCGAGCCGAGCCGGGCCCACCCCCGUGGGCCUCGGGGACCCGGGGACUCCCGGCGAGGGGUCCCCGUCGACCUCCCCCCUCCCAGGACCCCUGCCGCCCCUCCCGCUUCCCCACCCCCU